ACAAUACAACAGUCUUGCAGCAAAAAAGACCAUAAUAAAGCUUAAAAUGUUUUGUUUUUUGCCGAAGCUACAUUAAAUGUGGUGUUAUAGCAUUAUUUUUAGGGCCUUGAUUUGUGGCAAUGAUGUGUGGUUAUGUUGUAUUUAAUAUUGUAAGGGCUAUUAAAGAAAAUUAAAUUGCACUGCAGAGUGAAAGUUAUUUAUCAUUACUAUUUCUCACUAACUUUUAUUAUUAUAUGAACUUCAAUGUUUAAUAUAAUUGUGGGAGCAACAUGAAGUCAAACUCAUCGCUGUAUUCUGGAACACAUUGUAUUCUGGAGCCAGGAGGAUUCUGCAGUCACUCUCCUCAAUGCACAGCAUCUGGACAGACACAGAAACAUUGUUACCUUGAACUUUACUCAGAACAUCGAUAAUUUAACGAAACACAGUAUUUUGCACAGUAUUUUAUGAAAAUUGUACCUUGAUUGCAACACAGAUUGCAAAAGUAAUUUGACAGACUGUCAAACCAAAUCCACCAUGGGUCUUUGGUCUGACCCAAGCCUACUGAAGGCUCAGAGAAAGGUGAACAGCCAUCACAUGAACAGUUUUGUAGAGUCCCAACAACAACAAGGGGCCUAUGGAUCACAUGUCAGUAAAAUGCACUUUAGUGCAGGUCCUUAUCACAAAACUGACAGAGUGUGCAGCUUUCAAGGGGCAGCCCCUACACCACUUCCCCCAAGAAAAUACUACUACUCUGUUUUCUUUCAUGCUGAGGAGGUUCCACUGCCAGAAAGCAGAGGACCAGCAGACCUGAAUAAGUCUGCAACAUGGCCAAGAGCAGCAACACAGGAUGCAGCACUUGCAAAUGUCUGCCCACUGCCCCAUGAGGUCCAUUUGCCUCCAAGUCCGCCACCUCCACAGACAAUGGAGAAGAAGUAUCCAGAUUUGUCAAACAUGGGGUUUCCUUCUCUGGAUGAUGAAGUGGCCUUUUUUAUGUCUAAGCCUCGCAGCCUGAUGCCUUGUGAGGUCCCUCUGCCUCCAAGUCCAUCACCUGCUGACAUAGUGCACACUCCUGAGAAGAAGUACCCAGAUUUGUCUUACAUUAGGUUUCCUUCUCUGGAUGAUGACAUUGAACCAAAGCAUCCCAACCUGUUGCCUCAUGAGGUUCCACUGCCUCCAAGUCCUCCACCUACUGAUGCUGCACUUCACAUGGCGCUCACCCCUGAGAAGAAGUACCCUGAUUUGAAAAACAUAGGGUUUCCUUCUUUGGAUGAUGAAGUGGCCUGUUUGAUGACAAAGCCUCCUAACCUGCUGCCUCAUGAGGUUCCUCUUCCUCCAAGUCCUCCACCUGCUGAUGCUGCAUUCCAUGUGGGACACUUUAACGAGAAGAAGUACCCAGAUUUAUCUUACAUCGGGUUUCAUUCUCUGGCUAAGGAUGAUGAACUAAAGCAUCCCAGCCUGUUGCCUCAUGAGGUUCCACUGCCUUCAAGUCCUCCACCUGCUGAUGCUAUGCUUCACAUGGUACUCACUCCUGAGAAGAAGUACCCACAUUUGAAAAACAUAGGGUUUUCUUCUCUAGAUGAUGAAGUGGCCUGUUUGAUGCCAAAGCCUCCUAAACUGCUGCCUCACGAGAUUCCUCUUCCUCCAAGUCCUCCACCUGCUGACACUGCAUUCCAUGUGGCACACUUUUAUGAGAAAUACCCAGAUUUGUCUUGCAUUGGGUUUCCCUCUCUGGAUGAUGAAGAUGAACUACAGCGUCCCAGCCUGUUGCCUCACGAGGUUCCACUGCCUCUAAGUCCUCCACCUACUGAUGCUGUGCUUCACAUAGCACACACUCCUGAGAAGAGGUACCCAGAUUUGUCUUGCAUUGGGUUUCCCUCUCUGGAUGAUGACGAUGAACUACAGCGUCCCAGCCUGUUGCCUCACGAUGUUCCACUGCCUCCAAGUCCUCCACCUACUGAUGCUGUGCUUCACAUAGCACACACUCCUGAGAAGAGGUACCCAGAUUUGUCUUGCAUUAGGUUUCCUUCUCUGGAUGAUGACAUUGAACCAAAGUGUCACAAACUGUUGCCUCAUGAGAUUCCACUGCCUCCAAGUCCUCCACCUACUGAUGCUGUGCUUCACAUAGCACACACUCCUGAGAAGAAGUACCCAGAUUUGUCUUGCAUUAGGUUCCCUUCUCUGGAUGAUGACAUUGAACCAAAGUGUCACAAACUGUUGCCUCAUGAGAUUCCACUGCCUCCAAGUCCUCCACCUGCUGAUGCUGCACCUCAUGUGUACACUCCUGAGAAGAAGCACCUGGGUUUGACCGGGUUUCCUUUUCUUGAUGUGGACACUGAAACGGUGCCAAAGCCUGCCACUGCACUUCACAUGGUGCACACUCCAGACAAGAAGUACCCAGAUUUGAGAAACAUUGGCUUUCCUUCUCUGGAUGAUGAAGUGGCCUGUUUGAUGUCCAAGCCUCUCAACAUAAUAGCUUGUGAUAUUCCUCUGCCUCCAAGUCCUUCACCUGCUGAUUCAAAGCCUCUGCCUCCAAGUCCUUCCCUUGUUGAAACUCCCCAGCUUGCCAAGAAAUACCUUGAUUUAUCUUUUGUCACUUUUCCUUGUCUGGAUGAUGACUAA